AUCGUGAAAACUUUUUGGUUUUUGGGAACUAUGUCAAAGCUACCGAUCCUUCCUGGCGAUGGCGUACGUGGCGUCAUCCUUAUCAUCAUCAGUGGAUGUGGAUCUCUCAGUGAACUAAAAAUAUGAUGAGUGCUAGCAGUACCCUAGCAGAAUUCAUCCAUGGCAUCGUAGCUCCAGAAUUCCAUUCAGCUUCUCACAUCCUGCCACGUGGGAUGCGGCUUUCCUGCAAACGAACCGUGAGCGCGCCAUCGACGUUCGUACCCGCCUGGAUGGCCGGAUCCCCUGCCGGCUGCCGGUCAUGGUCCUCGUCCUGGUCCUGGCCCUGGGUUGCAUUGGCCUCCUGCUAGUUAUUGCAGGCGUGAUCUGCCGCGCGCAGCGCUGCUGCAUCGCACAUGGCCACGGCCAUGGCGCCGCGCUGCUCGCUCGCUGUAAUAUAUUCCAUUCCAUCCCACUCCACUCCCUGUUCCCCUCCGCCGCACUCAUCCUCCGCUGCUUCCGCACGCAGCUGCCACAUGCCGCACCUCGCCCUCGCCGUGCCGUGACCGUCAGGCCAACCAAUAAUCUUAGACCGACUCGCUCGCCUCCGGCUCCGGUGUCUUCCUUCCUCUGCAAGCCAGCCGGCGAUGCGGCCGCACCGCUGCCGCCGCUGGGUCAGCGACAUUGACACCUUCUGAUUCUGCCGCCGCGGUGGUCCGCAGUCCGCAGAUGGGCAAGGCGGGCAAGUGGCUCAGGAGCUUCCUCCCGGGCAGGAGGAGCAGGGACAAGGGCGGGCCGCUCGCGCCACCGGCGGCGGAGCCCGACCUGUCGCUGGCGCUGCCGUUCCCGCUCCCGGGGGCGGCCACGCCCGGCGCCAAGGAGAAGCGGAGGUGGAGCUUCCGGCGCCCGGCCGCGGCGUCGCCCGGGCCCGGGUCGGCGGCCAAGGACGCCGCAGCGCAGGGCCGCCUCGCGCCCUACGGCUUGCUGGAGCCGCGGGUAGACCCGGACCAGCACGCCGUCGCUGUGGCCAUUGCCACGGCCGCCGCGGCCGAGGCGGCCAUGGCCGCCAAGCAGGCCGCCGCGGCGGUCGUCAGGCUCUCCGCGUCCGCGCCCGGGUCCAAGCGCACCGUCAUCGGCAUCGAGGAGGCCGCCGCGAUCAAGAUCCAGGCCGUCUUCAGAUCCUACCUGGCGAGGAAGGCGCUGUGCGCGCUGCGAGGGCUGGUCAAGCUGCAGGCGCUGGUGCGCGGCCACCUGGUGCGGCGCCAGGCCAGCCACACCCUGCGCUGCAUGCAGGCGCUCGUCGCCGCGCAGAACAGGGCGCGCGCGGCGCGCCUCCGGAUGCUCGACGACGAGAAGCCCGUCCGGACGCCGCGGACGACGCCGACACGGCGCAGCUCGCCGCACCACCCCCGGCUCCGGCACCACCAGGACAUGGCGGAGGAGAACGUCAAGAUCGUGGAGGUGGACACCGGCGCCGGCGGAGUCGACGUGCACGGCACGCCGCGCACGUCGUCCAGGCGCAGCAGCUGCUACGCGACGCCGCUGUGCCGCACGCCGUCCAAGAACGAGCUGUACCAGAAGAUCUCGCCGACGCCGUCCGCGCUCACCGACGCCAGCGCGCGCACGUACAGCGGCCGGUACGACGACUUCUCCUUCGCCACCGCGCGGGCCAGCCCGUACCGCUACGCCUAUGCGCCGUCGAGGCAGCAGCUGCAGCAGCAGCACUACCAUCACCAUCACCACCACGACGAGGGCGCGGACGACGACAAGCCCGCGGCGGACCACCCACUGCUCGUGCCCAGCUACAUGGCGAACACGGAGUCGUCGCGCGCCAAGGCGCGGUCGCAGAGCGCGCCGCGGCAGCGGCUGUCGGUGUCGUCGUCGUCGGCGUCGGCCGCCACCGCCGAGGUGGCCUGGCAGCCCAGCGGCAGCGGGCGGCGCAGGGCGUCGCUGGAGGCGCAGGCGCAGGCGACGCCGGGCGCGCGCGGGCUGGUGGCGCCCAGGUACGGCUACGGCCCCGCGCGCGUGCAGCGGUGCCCGUCGCAGGCCAGCGCGCCCGGGGCGUGCCCCUGGGGCGCCAGGCUCGACCGGUGGAGCGCGUCGGCGCACGACAGCGAGUGCGGGUCCACGAGCACGGUCAUGACCGCCGCCACCACCCCCUACUGCUGGUCACUGACCGCCGACAACGCCGGCAUGGCUUGACCUCAGGCGGGCUCUCACUCACUCACCACUCACAUGGUUUCUGCAGCGGGAAGAUGGAAAGCUGCUGUGCCUGUAGGCUGUAGGGAAUGGGACGUCAGGAUGCUGCUGUGUAGUUUAACAGCAGAAGAAGCUGGGCUUUGAAGUCUGCAAAGUUCCUGCAAAAUCUGUAUGUGGGAGUGUGAUAUUCCUAGGUUUGGAUAACUAGAUGAGACUGGUGUUUUUUUGUGUGCCGAGAAUCAAGCAUAGGGCUCUUGUAUUACUGCCGGAGUACCUCUCGUUUUGUCGACCAACUGAAGCAAGUAGUAGAGAAUUCAGUGUCAAGUUGUCGUUCGUUGCUAAAGACUACAGAGUGAGCAGCGUUCUGUCCUUGAACGAUCUUUUUUCAGAUAAA